GACCGAGACUCCGGGAAGAAUGGUCAAGUUGUCUGUAACACACCUCAUAAUUUACCUUUUCAAUUAGAAAAAUCAAUAGAUAAUUAUUAUAGAUUGGUGACAUGGAAAUAUCUGGACCGAGAAAAGAUAUCUAUGUACAAUAUCACAGUGAUGGCCUCAGAUCUAGGAACUCCUUCUCUAUCUACUGAAACUCAUAUCACCCUAUAUGUGGCAGAUAUCAAUGACAAUCCACCCACUUUCCCUCAAGUCUCCUAUUCAGCCUAUAUCCCAGAGAACAACCCCAGAGGUGCCUCCAUCUUCACUGUGAUGGCUCAAGACCCUGACAGUGGCAGAAAUGCCCAGGUGACUUACUCUGUGACCGAGGACAUCAUCAUGGGGGGGCCUCUCUCCUCCUAUGUCUCCAUCAACUCAGACACAGGCAUCCUAUAUGCGCUGUGCUCCUUUGACUAUGAGCAUAUACGAGACUUGCAGUUACUGGUGACAGCCAGCGAUGGCGGGGACCCUCCACUCAGCAGCAAUGUGUCCUUGAGCAUAUUCGUGCUGGACCAGAAUGACAAUGCCCCGGAAAUCCUGUAUCCCAGCAUUCCCACUGACGGCUCCACAGGCGUGGAGCUGGCACCCCGAUCCGCAGAACCCGGCUAUCUGGUCACCAAGGUGGUGGCGGUGGACAGAGACUCUGGCCAGAACGCCUGGCUGUCCUACCGCCUGCUCAAGGCCAGCGAGCCAGGGCUCUUCGCGGUGGGGCUGCACACGGGCGAGGUGCGCACGGCGCGGGCCCUGCUGGACAGAGACGCGCUCAAGCAGAGCCUGGUGGUGGCGGUGCAGGACCACGGCCAGCCCCCUCUCUCGGCCACCGUCACGCUCACCGUGGCCGUGGCCGACAGCAUCCCGGACAUCCUGGCCGAUCUGGGCAGCAUCAGGACCCCCGGCGACCCAGACGAUUCGGACCUCACGCUCUACCUGGUGGUGGCGGUGGCCGCAGUGUCCUGCGUCUUCCUCGCCUUUGUCAUCGUGCUGCUGGCGCUCAGGCUGAGGCGCUGGCACGCGUCGCGCCUGCUCCAGGCUUCAGGAGGCGGGCUGGUGGGCGUGCCGGCCUCGCACUUUGUGGGCGUGGACGGGGUGCGGGCUUUCCUGCAGACCUAUUCGCAUGAGGUCUCGCUCACCGCGGACUCGCGGGAGAGUCACGUGAUCUUUCCCCAGCCCAACUACGUCGACACGCUAAUCAGUCUGGAGAGCUGUGAGAAAAAUGAUUCCUUGCUAACAUCCCCAGAUUUUCGUCAACGUAAGAACGAAGCUGCUUCUGUUCAGGUGAGUUCCGUUCUUUGUUCACGUUUAAUUCUCAGAGGAAUGAUAAUUUUUAUAAAUUUGUAUUUUAGAACACACAUUGUGGAGAUAGUUUAAAAUAUUUUUUAAAAAAGUGGACCGCGAAGUUUUUGGGUUUAGUGGUGAUACUAUAAAAUUGAGCUCUAAUCAUGAUAGUUUGCUUCAUUUGCUUUCCAACGGCUGGACAAGGUUGUUUAAAUGUCAACUCUCAACCUUUUAAAAAUCUUCCAUAUGAGGGGCACCUGGCUGGCUCAGUCAGUAGAGCCUGAGAGUCUCUAUCUCAGGGUAGUGAGUUCCAGCCCCACUUUGGGUGUAGAGAUUACUUUUAAAAAUACAAAAAAUUGGGGCGUCUGGGUGACUUGGUCGGUUGGGCCUCAUACUCUUGGUUUCUGCUUAGGCAGUGAUCUCAUGGGUUGUGCGAUCAAGCAGGGGUGGGGCUCCCUGCUCAGUGGGGAGUCUGCUUGAUUAUUCUUUCCCUCUGCCCCUCCGCCUACUGGUGCUCACAUACUCUCUCUCAAAUAAAUAAAUCUUUUUUAAAGAGAAAAGAAAAACAUAAAAAAAUAAAUUAAAAAUAUCCUCCAUAUGUUGCUAUAAUUAUCACUCAUCACUCAUCACUCAUUCACUUAAAAAGUAGUUACCCAACCACAUGAAGUUUGUGUUAUAUUUAGGGAAUAUAUAUAUUCCUAAUAAGAAUUGAGAAAAAAACUGAGACUUUUAAAUCCUUGUAUUAGCUUAGUAAAAGUAAAAUACAUCUCACAAUUUUAAGAUUCUGUUUAGGGUUUGAAUCUUGAAGGUCUGAAGUUUUCUAGGAUUUUGGAGAUUUCUUCACUUUAAACCCCUUUUAUGAGCCUUGUGUUUGCAUCAGUAACCUUCAAAACUUUAAUACUUCUUAUUAUAUUACAAAACAUAAAUAAAUUUGAAAGGGCAGAACUUGGUAGUAGGUGAAACUGAUUCCCAUAUGUGUCAGGGCUCUCCAAGAGCUCAUACUAAAGAAGACAUAGAAUCUAAAGCCUAAAAUGUCCAUCACCCCCCCAAAAAAACCCAAAAUAAAAACAAAAAAAUCAUAUUUGAAAUAAAAUAUCAUUUUGUAAAAUACAGAAAACAUGUUUUCAUAAGUUCCGAUGAGUUGUUUUGAUUAGAGAGCCAUGUGAAAUGUGCUGUGUUCUCAUGGUGAGAGAGUUUGAGAAUGUUGGUUUUAAGAAGUUUCAUAUAAACAGAUUCUAAACAAGCUGAUCAACUCAAUUAAAAAUGAUUCCAUCUGGAUUAUAUAUCUUCUGUAUUCCUUCUUAUAACAUUUUAACAGUGCUAACUCUUCAUUUAUCAUCAUUGAGAAUGAAAAACACAAUAAAGCAUUUGUUAGUUAUAAAAAGGGUACUUCCCAAGGAUUGUGUAGUGUUUCCUCCUCUUUUGCACAUACUGUGGGUGGGAUUUAACUUCAUAUUUUCUGUAGUGUUUGGGUGCACAGACCGUUGAGGGGACAACUA